AUGAAGAACAACAAAAGUAAAGGGGGAAAUAAAAAGAAAGUCCAAACGGCAAAGGGCGGGGGUAUUACUACCCAUGGGAAUUCGGACUCCCCAAAAAUUGCCCUCCAAAAUGGGGGUGGUAAAGACAAGCAGAAAGGGGAAGCCAUAGAAGGCUCCCAUGAAAAGGUAACUCAACAGGAAGAUCGAAACAAACCUUCCGAUGGUCAUCAAACUACAGAUAACAAUUUUGAAGGGGCUAAAAUGAUAAGCGCCAGCCCGUCCUCCGUGUGUGCACCUAUGCAGGUUCGCCCCUCAGGGAAAAAGGUGGAAUACCCCAAAAAGGAAAGCAAUAGGAAGAAGCCACAAAAAGGGAAAACGAUCAUCAAAAAGGGUGCCCCUUCCUCGGGUGAUAUAAAUAUAGAGAGUGAAAAACAAAGCAGUAAUAACAAAAAAAGGAAUAAACCGACCACUGGGGAAGACAGCAAAAAGGGGUUGAAAAAAGAGAUGCAUGAGGAAGAAAAAAAGACGAAAGGGGAGACUGCAUACGAAGUACCCCCCACUAAGGAACAACCCACCAUAGGGAAAGACUUAGCGCAAAGUAGUGGAGAAAAAGAAGCCGCAAUCAUCUCACCAGAUCACCAAAUAUUGGAGAGUGAAUCAGGUAAAAAGUGUGAGGACCCCCACGUGGAUUCCGAAAAUGCCAAUGGAGUGAAAACAAAUGCAAAUAAAAAGAGGAAAAUAAGCAAAAAAGGCGAAGUGGACGGGCAAAACGAAACGAGCAGUCAGUGCGAAAAAAAGGACGGACAAGCAGUCACUUCACAGCCUGACACGAUCAAUGAAGAAGGUAAGGCCCCCCCCGAGACAACCACCUUGAUCGAAAAAAAAAGCCAAAAAACUGCCUGCAAAAGCGACGCGGCAAAUAAACCAAAAGGAGCAAAAAUUACCCUCAGCGAAGAAGAAACAAAAGAAAAAAUUUACAAAUAUAUGAAGCAAACGAAUAGACCCUACUCAGUUAUUAAUGUGUACGACAACCUACACGGCACCAUCAGCAAAAACGUUGUCCAAAAAUUAAUGGACGAAUUGAGUACAGAAAAAAAACUCCAAUGUAAGGAGUAUGGGAAAGCCAAAGUAUAUCUGGUCAAUCAAAGGGAAUUUAAAAGCCUAAAUAUGCAGGAAAUGGAAAAAUUAAAAAAGGACAUUGAAGGGAUGAGAGAGCAAACCGAAGUAGCCAAAAAUAAUUUUAACCAUUUUGCUAAAAUAAAAAAAAAGGUCACUCAAGAUUUAGAGCUAGUAGAAAAUGUGGAUAAAUACAAAAAGGAAUUUCACCUAGUGGAGGAAGAAAUAAAAAUGUACCAAGAGGCAAACAAAGCAUGCAAGCUAACUGCAGACGAAAUUGACCUGAUUAAAAAGAAACAUGGCUACUUACACGCUAUGUGGCUUAAGAGGAAAAACCUCUGCGUGGAAAUAAUUAAGUGCGUUGCCACUGUAACGGAUAAGGACACCAAGGGCGUCAUCUUCCACUUGGGCAUCGACGUCGACGAGGACGUGGUCCCGCUCAGCUUGUACUCCUAG